AUGCCGUCCUUAGAUAUCAUCGAUCACUCACCUCAGCAUCCGGACCCUUCGCCACCAAUUCCCACGGCAUCCAACUUGAUCUUGAUCGACAACUACGAUUCCUUCACCUGGAAUGUCUACCAAUACCUCAUUCUCGAAGGCGCGAAUGUGACGGUCUUCAGAAAUGACAAGAUCACGCUGGCAGAGCUGAUUGACAAGAAGCCAACUCAGUUGAUCAUCAGUCCUGGACCUGGACACCCCACCACGGAUUCCGGAGUCAGUCGAGAUGCAAUUAAGCACUUUUCUGGCAAGAUUCCCAUAUUUGGUGUCUGUAUGGGUCAGCAGUGCAUCUUUGACGUCUAUGGUGGAGAGGUCGGAUCCGCAGGGGAAUGGCUUCACGGCAAGACAUCUCCUUUGACACACGACGCCAAGGGUGUCUAUGCUGGUCUGCGCCAAGGCCUUCCAGUUACCCGUUAUCACUCUCUAGCCGGUACACGUGUGACACUUCCGGAUUGUUUGGAGGUCACUUCUUGGGUUGCGACAGAGGACGGAUCCCCCGGUAUCAUUCAAGGCGUCCGACAUAAGGAGUACACCAUUGAGGGUGUUCAGUUCCAUCCCGAGAGCAUUCUCACCGCAGAGGGCCGGACUAUGCUGCGAAACUUCUUGCAACUUCAAGGUGGCACUUGGGAAGAGAACAGCCGGCUCCAGAAGGGCUCCGCGACCAACGGCGCCUCUGCCAAGACGACGUCAUCUGCGCCGGCUGCAAGCAAGAAGAACAACAUCUUGCAGCAAAUUUACGCCCACCGAAAGGCUGCUGUUGCAGCUCAGAAGCUUGUUCCUUCGCAAAGACCUGCAGAUCUACAAGCUGCGUAUGAUCUCAAUGCCGCUCCGCCUCAAGUCCCCUUCAUUGAGCGCCUUCGCCAGACCCCCUUCGAUGUGUCCCUCAUGGCGGAGAUCAAACGAGCCUCGCCCUCAAAAGGCAUUUUCGACAUCAACAUCAAUGCUCCGACCCAGGCCAAGAAAUAUGCCCUUGCAGGUGCCAGCGUCAUAUCCGUGCUGACGGAGCCUGAGUGGUUCAAGGGCAGCAUCGAGGAUCUGAGGGCUGUUAGACAAGUUCUGGACGGUAUGCCCAACAGACCAGCGAUCCUCCGCAAAGAGUUCAUCUUCGAGGAAUACCAGAUUCUUGAAGCCAGACUUGCGGGCGCCGAUACGGUCUUGCUUAUUGUCAAGAUGCUGGAGACGGAACUGCUGGAGAGGCUGUACAAUUAUUCUCUUUCCUUGGGAAUGGAGCCCUUGGUUGAGGUCCAGACAGCCGAGGAGAUGAAGACAGCCUUGAAACUUGGAUCCAAGGCUAUUGGCGUCAACAACCGCAACUUGGAGAGCUUCGAGGUCGACAUGAACACAACAAGCAGAUUGAGAAGCAUGGUCCCGGAAAAUACCAUCAUCUGCGCCCUGAGCGGCAUCAAUAGCCACCAGGAUGUCAUUCUCUGCAAGAACGAUGGAGUCAAUGCUGUUCUUGUAGGAGAGGCCAUUGUCAGAGCGCCGGACACAACCAAGUUCAUCAGAGAACUCUGUUCUGGUACAGACGCUGAGCCUGAACCGGUCAAGACCCAGCCCCUUUUUGUCAAGAUUUGCGGCACACGAACACCCGAGGCUGCCCUCGAGGCUGUUAAGGCAGGUGCGGACUUUGUCGGAAUCUGCUUGGUUCCAGAUUACUAUACCACGUCUGUCGCCAGGCUAUCGAGCUCGCGUCCGCUCCUCGCUGGCAUCUUCCAGAAUCAGCCCCUGGACGAGGUUCUCGAGAAGCAGAAGCGUUUCAAUCUGGACAUUGUUCAGCUUCACGGCAACGAGCCGGUUGAGUGGGCCAACCUGAUCCCGGUACCUGUUAUUCGGGCUUUCAAGCCGAGCAACGUUGGCAUCGGGAAACGAGGCUACCACACCAUUCCUCUGCUCGAUUCGGGAGCUGGCUCAGGCAAGCUACUGGACGUCUCCAGUGUCAAGGAAAUCUUGGCAAAGGACCAGGAGUUGCAAGUCAUUCUCGCUGGCGGUCUCAACCCGGACAAUGUGCUUGAGGCAGUCAAGGCUGUUGGGGAGUUUGGUGACCGUAUCGUAGGUGUUGAUGUGAGCAGCGGAGUGGAGGAGGAUGGCAAGCAGAGCUUGGAGAAGAUUAGAACGUUUGUCAAGAAUGCGAAGAGCUUUAGGUAG